AUGAAAGGUUCUCUGUCAGGAAAUGCCUUGUCUUAUUGGGAUGUUGCGGGAGGGAAACCAUACUGCAAUUUCACAGGAGUUGGCUGCAACAGUCGAGGAUAUGUUGAAAAGAUUGAUAUAACUGGGUGGUCAAUCUCUGGCCGUUUUCCAUCUGGAAUAUGCUCUUACUUGCCAGAGUUACGUGUUCUUCGUCUGGGCCACAACCGUCUCCAUGGUGACGUCCUUCACAGCAUCGUCAACUGCUCUUUCUUGGAAGAGUUGAACUUGAGCUUUUUGAAUGCUACUGGAACAUAUCCAGAUUUCUCACCAUUGAAAUCCUUACGGAUACUUGACGUGUCAUACAACCACUUCACUGGCGAGUUUCCCAUGUCAGUAACAAAUCUGUCCAAUCUUGAGGUGCUCAACUUCAAUGAAAACGAUGGCCUCAACUUAUGGCAACUGCCGGAGAAUAUUUCUAGGUUGACAAAGCUCAAAAGCAUGAUCUUGACAACUUGCCUGCUGUAUGGUCCGAUGCCAGCAUCAAUUGGAAACAUGACAUCCCUUGUUGAUCUGGAGUUAAGCGGGAAUUUCCUUACUGGUCACAUCCCUGCAGAGCUCGGAUUGUUGAGGAACUUGCAGCAACUUGAGCUCUACUAUAAUUACCACCUUUCCGGCAAUAUACCCGAGGAGCUUGGAAACUUGACAGAGCUUGUGGAUUUGGACAUCUCAGUCAAUAAGUUGACAGGAAAGGUUCCAGAAUCUAUAUGCCGCCUUCCCAAGCUUGAAGUCCUGCAGCUUUACAACAACAGUCUCACAGGAGAAAUCCCGAGUGCUAUUGCAAAUUCAACAACUCUGCGUCUACUCUCAGUUUAUGACAACUCUCUGACAGGAGAAGUGCCACAGGACCUGGGGCACUUAUCAGCUAUGAUUGUCGUAGACUUGUCAGAGAACCGUCUAUCAGGGCCAUUACCAACAAAUGUUUGCAAGGGAGGUAAACUGCUCUACUUUCUUGUCCUGGAUAACAUGUUUUCUGGAGAGUUACCUGAUAGUUAUGCAAAAUGCAAGACUCUUCUACGGUUUCGACUGAAUCAUAACCUUUUGGAGGGCACAAUACCUGAAGGACUUCUAGGCCUUCCUCAUGUUUCAAUUAUUGAUUUGAGUUAUAAUAAUUUUAGUGGUCCAAUUCCAAUUACAAUUGGAACAGCGAAAAACUUGUCGGAACUCUUUGUACAAAGCAACAAGAUUUCAGGUGUUAUACCUCCUGAAAUAUCAGGGGCUGUCAAUCUGGUAAAGAUUGAUCUCAGCAAUAAUUUCCUGUCUGGUCCCAUACCUCCUGAAAUUGGCUAUUUAAAGAAGCUAAAUUUACUGAUCUUGCAAGUCAACAAACUGAAUUCUUCCAUCCCCAAGUCACUAUCUUUGUUAAGAUCUCUCAACGUUCUUGAUCUUGCCAACAACCUCUUGACUGGAAGUAUCCCUGAAAGUCUCUGUGAAUUGUUGCCAAACUCCAUCAACUUUUCAAACAAUCUUCUCUCUGGUCCAAUACCACUCUCACUGAUAAAAGGGGGCAACCCAGGUCUCUGUGUUCCGGCCUAUGUUAAUUCAUCAGAUCAAAGUUUCCCCAUGUGCUCACAAACAUACAAUCGAAAGAGGCUAAAUUCUAUCUGGGCAAUCGGGAUAUCAGUAGCUAUCCUAACUGUAGGAGCUCUCCUGUUUCUAAGACGUCGAUUCAGUAAAGACAGAGCUGUCAUGGAACAUGAUGAGACCAUGUCUUCAUCAUUCUUUUCCUAUGAUGUAAAGAGCUUCCACCGAAUAAGUUUCGAUCAACGUGAGAUCCUUGAAGCCAUGGUCGAUAAGAACAUAGUGGGCCAUGGAGGAUCUGGGACUGUGUACAAAAUUGAAUUGAGCAGAGGAGAGGUUAUUGCAGUGAAAAAGCUGUGGAGUAGGAAAUCGAAAGAUUCUGCUUCGGAGGAUCAACUGCUUUUAGAUAAGGAGUUGAAAACUGAGGUUGAGACUCUGGGAAGUGUGAGGCACAAGAACAUAGUCAAAUUGUACUGUUAUUUCUCGAGUUUCGAUUGCAGCCUGUUGGUUUAUGAGUACAUGUCAAAUGGGAACCUUUGGGACGCCCUUCACAAAGGCAGGAUCCAUCUGAAUUGGCCCACCCGUCAUCAAAUAGCACUUGGAGUUGCUCACGGCUUGGCAUAUCUCCAUCAUGGUCUCUUGCCACCUAUCAUCCACAGAGACAUCAAAUCAACUAACAUCCUGCUAGAUGUUAACUACCAGCCCAAAGUUGCAGACUUUGGCAUAGCCAAGGUUUUGCAAGCCAGAGGAGGGAAAGACUCCACCACUACUGUCAUUGCAGGGACCUACGGUUAUUUGGCCCCAGAAUAUGCCUACUCAUCUAAAGCAACAACCAAGUGUGAUGUCUACAGUUUUGGAGUUGUGUUGAUGGAAUUAAUAACUGGGAAGAAGCCAGUAGAGGCAGAUUUUGGAGAUAGCAAGAAUAUUAUAUAUUGGGUUUCAACAAAAGUGGACACCAAGGAAGGAGUGAUGGAGGUAUUGGACAACAGGUUAUCAGGCUCUUUCAGGGAUGAGAUGAUUCAGGUUCUUCGGAUUGCCAUCCGAUGCACCUGCAAGACCCCAGCCCUUCGACCGACCAUGAAUGAGGUUGUCCAGUUGCUGAUUAAGGCAGACCCGUGCAGAUUAGAUUCUUGCAAGUCGUCAAAUAAGGCCAAAGAGAAAACAAAUGUCACUAAAAUAAAGAACCAAUUUGAAUUAUGA